CAGUCCCAGACCCUGAAGUUGGGGGAGGCAACGUCGGGCCUGGGGACCGUUACCCCUCAAGGUUCUUUCGCUGGGACCCAACCAGGUCAGUCCGGAGUAGAGAGCGGCGCAUCAUCCACCAGCUCAUUGACGAGCGGCUUUGAGGGCUCUGCUGAGGGGUCUACUGUUUCCGGCUCCAAUACGCAGCCCUAUGCACAGUCAGGUGGCGUGUCCGGCGCCAACUCCGGAUCUCCUCAGGGAUUUGCAUCCACACCCCAGCCAAAUGGCGGCAGCUCGGAGUCUCACAGUCCGACACGUCUGCAGCUUCUGCACAGCAGAACGAACUGUCUACUGCUACGGAGCACAGCAGAUGUCCUUCCAGUCACGAUUCCAACCCUGUUGCCCCCACCUAUUCACCACGGUGGCGGCAGCAACGGCCACGGCAGCAGUCAGCAAGGGCACUUACCGGGGAAUAAGACACCCGCAUCCACACCGAUCCCCUCGGCCAGUAUCUAGUCCACCACACAAGAGUGUAUCCUCUUUGGCAUCGCUCAGGGGAGGCACCACCGCGACCCAGAUCACGGCGACCCCACUCUUUACGGGGGCCGCGCCUAGAACCUCGAAAGAGAUUUCUGGCCUACUGGCCGUUCUUUGGAUGCUGCCAGUAUGAGCUUUGUAACCACACCCAUCUUUUUCGGGUCAAUCCCAUCUUU